GUUCUCGUGAGUCGUGUGUGCGAAUGCAAGUGCGAGAGGGCCUGAGCAAAUGUCUAACCUGUAGAUUUUAUUGUUUAGGUUAAGAUUGUUUUAUUGUAUUUCAGUUUUUUAUAUCUAUAAUAAUGCUACUAAUUCUACGUUUUAAUUAAUAAUUAGUAGUUUAACAUAGGACUAUGAAUACACAUUUCUUAUGGUUUAUGGAAAUGGAUUCUAAUAUUAUUUUACCGGCAUUAGCAACAUUCUCCGUUUUUUUAUUGAUUAUCGUUAAACUGUACUGCAAAAUAAGGACAAAGUUUCCAGUUACAGUUAAUUGUUGGUUCUGCAACACCUACACCAGUGUUCCAUACAACAGCUCAAAUUCUUGGUACUGCCCCAACUGUGAUCAAUACAAUGGAUUUUCUAUAGACGGCAGUUACAAUAGACAUUUACCUGAACAAUUCAAUGAGAAACUCAAUUUUGGAUCUUGGUGUACGAGAACCAAGCAGAAACCUGCACCCCUAAAUGGCCUCUGUCAGUUCUGCAACAUCAACCUUGAACUGAAAGUACAACAGCUCGCACAGUUCAUUCCACUGAACAAGGACAACUUUGACGAAGAAGUUCAACAGUACAGUGACAAGUUGGAGCGGGUGUACAAGCUGUGCCCAAAAUGUGAAAAAGUUCUUGAAAAAACGCUACAUAGUAAAGAGGAGAAGUUUAUUACUCACCAGCAGCAUACUUUCAAACCGGCUUCGGAGAGUACCUUCUUGCAACCAAAUGAGAAAGGACGACACACCAUCUACCUGAACCUGACCGCAGCACUGUCGAUGGGUCUGUUGGUCUCUGUAUUGCCACAAUCCUGGGUCAGCCACCUGCUGGACGUGUACCAACCGCCAGAGUGGCUGUGCGUGACCAGAGAAGUCCAGUCGGCUGUGCUGCUCGGACUGGGUGUGGUGGUACAACUGUGUGACUGCGCACUCAUGCGUGACGCCACCUCACUGGUUAACCUACUGUUGUGGUUCGUGCUGCUGUAUUUGACACAGGUUUCUGGAGACAUUGACGGCCUUGUGUCCGUAGUUCAUAUGCUUUCGGCUAUCGUUUUCUUCAUCACUUCCGUAACAGAGCGCAAAAGUGAGAAGCCUAAGAACGUUGCUGCUGUCAAACCUGUACAACUUCAGAAACUGGAUGGGAAAUACGAUCUUGCUAACAGGAAUAUGAAGAGCAGUGACUUCGAACCAACUAACUAGUAAACCUAAAUCACCAAAGUCUACUGUACCAGUUUGUUCUUCGCAACACGCCUCUCCCUCUUCUCAUGAACCAACACCUGAGGAUUUUGGAUUCAGUAGACUUAGUAUGGGCUCCAGAAGAAUCAGCAAGGGUCAGACCAAACCAUUUAUGGCUAGGACUUUCGGAUCACACUCCCCACCAGAGUUGUUCAGGCCCAAAUCUUUCAAUUUAACCCCGCCAAAACUUCAACUAGAGAAACAUUCAGAGUAUCAGGGACCCUUGACGAGAUCAUCCAGUCAGAGCUCAGGGUUUGUGUCUUUAUCGCAGGAAUAUCGCUCUAGAUCUGUGGUUGACGAUAAUCUAGACAGUGUCUCACAGUGUGGUGGGGCGGAGUUGAUGCCGUAUCAGAUGCCUCUCAUUAAUACCUCCGGAUUUCCCAGCCCUUACGGAAUGCCUUUCUCCCAGUUCUCACCGUAUGCCAUCAUGCAGUUCACUCCGCAGCAUUUUAACAAGUUUUACCCUUAUUCAAACAUGUCACCUUAUGUUUCCUCUUUGAAUCUCUCUACCACUAGCAACCAAAGCGGUGUCGGUGGAAGUUGGUUGCAAAGUUUCAAAAGUGUGCUCUCCUCAUUGUUGUUUUUGUUUUUGAUAACGUCCAAUGUCGCUAUCUUGUGGAAAGUUUUUGGGUGAGGAGUAUUUUAAAGUAAAGACGUAGUUGGGAAUUUUCUAUACAUAUCGUUGUGACAAGUGUGUUUUUAUCGUUAUUAAAAAAUGAUGUUGGGAUUUUAUAAACCGAAGUUAAAGCUUAAAGUAAUUGAUAAGUAACUUUGUUUUCGACAGCAACAAAGAUAAACAAGAAAUUAACUUACACUGCCAUAACCGAGUCACUCUAACACUAGCAAUAUAUUUAAGUAAGUUUUUGAAACACUAUUUUUAUAUGAAUAUUUUUUGUUAUUGUAAUAUAUAUAUUUUUGUGUAUAUUUUGCUUUUUAGUCUUUGUAAAAGCUAAGUAUUUAUUUUUCAUCUGCUGUAAAUGGCAAGAUAACAUCAGUAACAGCCGUGUUUUAGUGGCUAUAACCUAUGUAAUUGUUAAAUCGUUUUCUUUAGCAGUCUGUAAUGUAAAUUAUCUUUGUAAAUAUUUUAGACUGAGUUGCGGGUCAAUAAAGUUUUGUAAAUUUG